GUGAGGUCCCACGCCAAAAGUCUGCAGGAGGUCGAUGAGAGCUCGAGCUCAGUGUUUUAUGUUGUAGGUGCAGUCAUCACCAUGUCCAACACAGGCCCCAUGCGCUUCAUCCGCAAUGCUCCCCAACCGUCGACGCCCGUCCUAGUGGCCGUAAAGGUGCUGUUUUGCAUCAUCCCCAUCGCUCAGAUCAGCAUCGGUGCGGCACACCUAGACGACUGCCCCCGCCAACACCUCAUCCCCAUCUACCUGAUCGUGGUGGGUGUCUUCUUCACAAUGCUUGUGCUGCUUAUAUGCCUGCCCUGUGCACGGCAACCCGAAGACGGGCCCCCGAACCCUCUCUACCGGUUCUGCCUGGGAUGGAACUCGCUGACAGCGUUGUUCCUCAUCUCCUGGUUCAUCGCUGGUAAUGUAUGGAUCUACUCCAUUUAUGAGCCCGACUACUACAAGAACGUGACAAGUCUGGAGUCAUACUGUGACAAGACACUCUACCUGUUUGCCUUCUGGACCACCACGCUAGUCUACAUCCUGGUGGGUCUAGUAGUGGUCAUCGGCUUCCUCGUGCUGCUGUUUCUUUACCUGUGCGGCCAGGCGGACCCUGAUGACUAUAUCUAGAGGAGCUUUCAGCUAAGAUGGAGCAUGCUGAUAAAGCAUCAUGACAUCAUGGUUGCUAUAUAAACUCCUUGAAAUAAGCUUUGUGGAGCAGUAACAAUAUGGAACACUAGCGGCAGCCCUUUGUUAGCUGCAGUGGUGUAAAACGGGUUUGACCCCUUCCUGAUUUCUUUUUUAAUUUAAAUAUUAGUCUCUAAAGCCAUUUCUAAAGCUUUGGGACUCCAGCAAACCACAGUGAGAGCAAAUGGGGAAAACAUGGAGCAGUGGUGUACCUUACCAGGAAUUACCUUCAGAGCGCAACGACAACUCAUUCAAGAGGUCACAAAAGACCCCACAACAGGAAAGCGUCGAAAUAAUGGGUCAUAAAGCCAUUUCUAAAGCUUUGGGACUCCAGCAAACCACAGUGAGAGCAAAUGGGGAAAACAUGGAGCAGUGGUGAACCUUACCAGGAAUUACCUUCAGAGCGCAACGACAACUCAUUCAAGGUCACAAAGGUCACAAAAGACCCCACAACAGGAAAUGGUCGAAAUAAUGUCAGGUCAUGCUAAGAUGCAACACAGGUGGAGUUGUUCAAACAUAUACCAAAAAGAUAUUUGUUAUUUUUGGCAUUUUAAAUAACUAUAGCACAUUUGUAUUAUUGUCCUUUGGCACAUUCUAAAAAGACAAUUACACAAAAAGACUAUCAUAAUAUGCUGUGCCCCCAAUAACGUGUGGAGACAUUUCAUGACCCCUAUGUGAGUGAUGGUCUCACCUUGGCCACCCCAGUGGAAAAUGUCUUGCUCUGCCACUGCCUAUAACAAAAGCUGUUCUGGUCUUGCAGUAGCGCUUACAGGCCACUAGAUGCCCCUCUAUCCCAUUUAAAGUACAGUAUGCUGCUCAUCACCAAACACAUCACAUACAGUUCUUUAUUGAUUGUACAUUAUUUUUUCCAGUCACAGAAUAAACAUAAUUUACAUAGAAAAUAAAAAAAUACACUCACAAUGUAUGCUUUAUUAUUAUUUCUUGAAGGUAUAGAAACAAGCAUCUUGCUGGAUAGUAUAUUAUAUCAUGUUAUAUUGGCUGUUUGGAGCUGUCCCAGUGAUGUCAGCAUGCUUUGCGUGACAGGGUGGCGAGCGCUUUGGCGUGUACGGGCUUGUAGAGGAGGGUGAAGCUGGAUGGGGUCAGGGCGCCUUUGCCCUGUGCGUCCACCUUUCCCAUCAGCACGUAGUUUUGACCUGAGGACGACACGGAUGGCUAAAUAUUAGGGGUGCACUGACUGCAAUUUUCUGGCUGUUCACCGAUCAGUCUGGCAGAAGAGAACAGUGUCUGACUUUCAGACCUUUGUGGAGGUAGAUAAGACUGAUAUCAGUACACUGGCCAAAAUCGGCACCAGCUAGCCAAACAAAGCUUUAAUCCGUUUCAGAAGGUCUAACACUAACCAAAACAGACGCUAUCCGAAUCAAUUAUUCCCAUAUGAACUAAUGUAAAUCCAAUUAAUCCGUUCCAGAAAGCCAAAAUGUCAACACAAUACAUGUUUUUAUACUUUUACAAUUAGUUUUGCUUGCAGAAAAAUAUUCAGAAUGCCUAUAAAUACAUAGAAAUGAUGACAAAUAAACAUUUUUGUUUACUUUUACCCUCAAAGAAGAACUGAAUCUUGAUGUGACUGUUCCCAAAGACGAUGUGGUAGCAAGAUCAAGCACACUGCCAUGAGUUAUUUCUUGAAUUCAAUCAGUGUUUCUCUACUCAAUAACUCAACAUAGAGACAAAGAAAGUUGCCAUAGCAGCAUUUAAUAAUGAAGGCGGGAAACACUGUUGCACUCAACAAAACGGGGAGAUGUUGUACAUAUGUGUGAUGUUUCACCUACACAUCGUGUCUUUGGGAACAGCCAUGUCUUCAAUGAAGGUAACUGUAACUGUUUUUUAUGCAUUUAGAAUUGUUAUAUAAAACUAUAAAAACAUGUUUUGUGUUACUAUUUUUGGGAUGAAAUCAAAGACGAGUUAUGUACUUUAGUUGACUUUCGUGUCCAGUUGCCAUUUUGUUAGCAACGAUGUUUUAAAAAAGGACUGCAAAAAAGUAAGGAUAAUUCACAAUGCCGCCUACAGAGAACAUACUAACUAAUACUAACUUAUUUCUAAAAUCACAAAUACUUAAACUUGCUGAUAUAGUUAAUUUUCAAACAGCUAAAAUAAUGCAUAAGGCUAAAAAUAAUCAAUUACCUAAAAAUGUCAUCCAAUACUUCUCUACAAGAGAGGAGAAAUAUGAUCUCAGGGAAGAACUAAAUGUGAAACACUUAUAUGCUAGGACUACGUUAAAAAGCCAUAGCAUUUCAGUAUGUGGAAUCAAACUAUGGAAUGGAUUGAGUAAGGAAAUCAAACAAUGCACAACGAUGAGCCAAUUCAAGAAACAAUACAAGCAGUUGAUGUUUGCUAAA